GUGGACUUGUUGGGCCGAAGGGCCUGAUUCCACACUGUAGGGAAUCUAAUCUCUCUCAGGAUCAAAUCUUAACCUUGAAUUAUGUUGUUGUUAAGGCAUUUACAACUCUGUUUAUCACAGCCCUCAGUCAGCUUCCUGUACCUUAGACACUUCAGCUUAGUUCUUAUUCUCCUUCUUCACAGAUGGUGCUUCAACCUUAAGCAACGCAACAUCAGUCACCAAGUCUCCUGAAGCUAACCACUUGGAGAAAUGCCCUGACGAUCCACCAGAACUUGUUGGGCCCCUGAGGAUUGUGUUCGAUGAGGAGCAGUCAAUGGAACAGCUGGUUGAAUUAAACACCUACGUGGAGUUUGGAGGCCACUAUAAGCCACCAGACUGCAUUCCCCUGCAACGCAUUGCCAUUAUUAUCCCGUUCCGAAACAGGGAGCACCAUCUCCGGCACUGGCUGUACUACCUUCACCCGAUCCUGCGUCGGCAGCAGGGCGAGUAUGGGAUUUACGUUAUUGAGCAGGCCGGUGAAAACACCUUCAACCGAGCAAAGCUUCUCAACGUCGGAUUUGUGGAAGCGUCGAAAGAGAACAAUUACGACUGUUUCAUAUUCAGUGAUGUCGAUAUUGUACCCGAGAAUGACCGGAAUCUCUAUCGCUGCUCUCAGAAUCCACGACACCUGGCCUGUGCCAUGGACAAAUUCGGAUACAAGUUGCCAUACACAGGAUAUUUUGGAGGAGUUGUGGCAUUCACAAAAGAGCAGUACUUAAAAAUAAAUGGUUUCUCCAACAAUUACUGGGGUUGGGGGACUGAAGAUGACGACACAUACAAGAGAGUAACACUGAGUGGGAUGUCAGUUGAUCGACCCGAUCGCAACAUUGGAAGAACCAAAAUGAUACGGCAUCAGAGAGACAAAGGGAAUGAGGUCAAUGAGAAAAAUUAUGUUGUUUAUAAUCGGAUGAAGUAUACAAGGAACCAGGAUGGAUAUAUAUCUCUGAAAUAUUCACUCAUCAAGAUAGAAAAAAAUCAACUCUUCACCAAAAUAACAGUUGAUAUUGGAAAGCCUCCAUCAUAAAGAACUGGAAAUGUGCCUUUUUGUCUCCAACUGGAGUGGAAUUAACCAAAGAUAUGUGUGUAGCUGCUGCUUGGGAUGACUGCUCACACAUUGAAACAAGAAAACAGAAUGCAGUCCUGUGACUGAAGUCUCCUCAUCUUGAAAAGAGUCUUCAAUUCUGUCUCUUCCUUCUGUAAAUCUGAGGGAAGUGAGGUGUUGUUGCUGGUUUGCUUCUCUCUGGUAGAGAAAGAGUUUUGAACCCUACAUGGACAACAGGAAGACUCAUGGGGGUGUGAGUACAAAGGAAUGAUGUUUCACUUGUGCGCACUGCUCCUCAGAUUCAAAAUGGCGUCUUGCAUUGAUUCUGCCCAUCUUCCCUUUUGAACUUCUCACUAAUAUUUUGGGCAUGAAAGAAGCAAUGAACCAUUUGGGCUGUUUACAAAUUGAUUGGCAGAUUUCUCGUUGAAGCGAGACACCUGUAUUUGUUCUUUAAAACUUCAUUCUGUAUCAGGGGUUAGUACCAACUUGAGUCCUACCAGGAAAGAAGGAGAAUCCUUUGUCUGCUUCAGAGUCCAUAGAAACUCUCAGGUAUGCUAUUUCAAUUUUAAAAAAAAAGACUUUUUUUUGCAAAGUUCCUAUUUUGGCUUCCAAGUUAAUAUCUUCCCGUAGGUAGCAGGGAGCAGAUGUUCUCCUGCAGUUUGAACUUUUCAUCACUUAUGAUGACCACCCCCCCCCACCCCCCCCCCACUCCCGCCAUCAAGACUGCCCAACAUGGGCUUGGCUGUUGUCCCUAGCAUUCCUGGCUGUACAACACACUAGCUCCUAGGACUCACACCAGCGUACAGUUCUACAGGCACCUGGUAUCCUUCAGUACUUUCACUCAAGUGCCCAUUCGCAGUGUAAGAGACUCAAAACAGCGUUAUUCCAACCACAGGUCUUUAUGGUUGAUGCUGAUCUGGCCCUCGUUCAUUCACUUCAAGUGGCUGGGCACAUGGGGAGUCACUGGCUAGGAAUCAGGAGAAGGAAACCAUGAUUGGUUUUUCCCAAAUUGUAGUGAAAACAUAAUGCAGUUGGUUGAGUUGAGCCAACUCAACAUGGAUCCAAGACUGAACCUGUGAUCUGCUGACAGACUCUCACUGAGCAGUGCUGUUACCAGCUGAACGAUCAGUUGAGCACCUUUUCAACCGAGCACUGUUUUUAUAAACUAUGUUGUCUGACUUUUUAUUCCAUUUGUUUACAACAUUCUGUAAAUGGCAUUAUGUGUACAAUGAUGUUACUGACACACCCUUCGUUCUAACUCCCCCAUUUCAACCCACUCUCAACAUUAACCAUGAUGGUAACCAAAUCCCUUUAAUUGGGAUAGGGAAGGGCAAACAGAAAUCAAAACCCUUUUAAACUCAAUUAAAUUUACCACCAAUUCUUUAAAGCAAUACUGUUCUUAUAAUUGCAGUCUGCAUGAUUAACAGGGAAAUUCCAUUCCUUCUCUCUCACCUCUGUUAAUUUUAGAUUGUAAAGCUCAAUUUGUAACCUGCUUUUUAUUUACAAUUUUUUUUGUAUAUGAACCAAAGAUCUCUGCAAAAAUGUUUCAAAUAACAUUACUUGUAAAACAGAAUAUUAGUUCAAUCGUACAACAUGUCUAUGGAGCUGAAACUGUGCAGAUUUUAUGAUAAUUGCAUAAUGAAUGACAUGGGGGUGAUUAUAUUUUUAAAUGGGCUUAUGUAGGGAUUCAUUGUAUAAUUUUGCUGGACCUUUUAUUUAUUGGAAUUCAACUUUCUGGGACAGGACAUUUUUGUUACUACCAUAAAAGGCUUACUCAUUGCCUCUACAAGCGUAAUAACGGACUCUUGAAAACAGACCUGUCUGACCAUUUCCUCUUUCCAUUCCAGUCCCAUUUGGCCUGAGCUGGUUAAAGCAGCAAAUAGCCGAGCCAAUAAACUAAAAAGGUCCCAGAUCCCACUGCCCCGAUCGUACUGAACUUGAUACUAGCUAGGAAUAGCAGUAGCAGGGGCUUUGUAGUGGGUGGGUGGAGUGGAUCUCUAGGCUAGGGAGAGGAAUGAUCAACCAAGGUUCCGUCAGUUGCUCCCUAUUUAGUGACUGACCAACACUGGACACAUAUGUGUGUGCGUGUGUAUAGACAAUGACAGGAUCUGGACUUCCAUCAUGUGAAGAAAGCUCAUGGGUGACUACUGUUGCACGAGUCUGCAAGAUCAAAGGAAGAGAGAAGAAAUUGGGCAGUUUCUUUUUAUGGAAGUCCUGUGCUCCUGAAGGAAAGGGUGUCAGUGCUGGGCAACAGAACAAGAUUGGUUUUGACCUCAAGCAUCAGAUAAUCAGCUUCAUUUGUUAGACAUAGAGUAAACCCUCAGUGAACUGCUCUAAUCCAGCCUCAGUAGAAUCCCCUUUGCUAUGGUGGAAUAGCUUACCGCUCUAUCCCAUAUCAUAUGGUGUCAACCCUGCUCUGGUUGGGACUGAUUAAUUUAAGACCAAAUUAGGUACUUGGAAUUGAAUUGAAUGCAUCCAAAUAAAUCUAACAUUGGGGCCUUGUGAAUAGGGUCAUAUCUUCGAUUAGCACUGAAUCUGGGACCCUGCAGCCAACUCUCUCGGCCCAUCAAACACAAAUAUAAUUGCAGAUAUUUCAUCACCCUGUGGCCUAACGAGAAACAUGGUUUGGUGUGCCAUCUGCACACUGCUCUUCGAAACUUUCAGGGAGUCAUCUUUUCUUUUUGAGCACCGUUUAAGUGUUAAAUUAUGUUAUCCCUUCCAGAAUGCAUUGCAUGAGAGUGAGCCAUUGGAUUACGCCCACUGCUGGAGGAGGGAGGGAAAGGUAGGAUGGGAUGGGGGGAAUGAUGUCAUAAACAGAAUGUUCUCGAUGCACCUAUUACUGUAUCCUUUUUGGAAUUAAACUUGAAGUGUGUAA